GAAUUAGUCCCGGCUACCCCCCCUCUAGUCGGCCCUGAUCAGAAGCGGCCCAUUUAUCGGGGUCCAUUAUCUUCUACCUCCAUAUCUCUAAUUCCUGCUAUUUUUUACAGUUAUCAUCAAAAAUUCAGACUACAGAAACAACAUUCUUUGCUAUGUGACGAAUUGGGUUUAACGUCAAAACUACUACAGACCUCUCAUGCUGCAGCCCGGCUCAACGGUUACGUUGCAGGCGUCGGAAAGCCAGAAGAUCUCGAAAAAGACAUAAUCAAACUGGGAUUAUCGGAAAAGGCUGGAAAAUAUUUGAGGGUCCAGUACGCCGAAAACAAAGGAGGUGCCUUAUAUUGCUAA